CUCUUAAUAUUAUAGCUAUUAUAACUGAAAUCAUGGAAGUUAGUCGUGUCUUUGUACCUACUAUUAUAAUAUUAAUCUUUCCAGUAUGUCUGUCUGUGCCGUUAUGGGACCGUGCUUCUCUUGUUUGUGCUGCUAUUUCUGGGAAACAUGUCCUAGAGGAGGACUCCAAUCGAUAUUUUCUUGUCCCUCCGACUUGUAAUCAAGGAGAAGUAGCCUGGAGAAUGACCCAAUCUUACGUCGCCCUCCGAUUUUGGAGACCUAAGCCAUUCACGGUGUGUUUCAGCAGUAACACACCUGUCAAUUAUGAGAAAUAUCACGUUUUUAAUGCUUCUGUUGGAAAUAUGUACGCUGGAAGUCCUAAUAUGUACAAAAAGACCUGUAUUAAUUCCAUUGGAAAUAGGUUGGACAUAAUAGUGCAGGCCAAAAAAUCCUUUUACGUCAUGAGAGCUAAAUUUACUGUUCAUUGCAAUUCUUGAGGAGCCAUGUUGUAGGACACUGAAUGAACCAGACGACCUGAAGCAGUCUGGAAACAACAAUCCCGGUGACUGAUCCUGUUAUUUUGACCGGAAGUAAAUUAACCACCACCAACACAAUGACCCGACAAAGAAUGCCCAGUUUAAUAUGCAAUCUGAUGUGUCAGUCUACAAAGUGGUAUUUAAAUACCAAUGCUUUCUUGAAGAAUCAGCAAAAUAUUUAUUGUAACAGGAGCCAUUAUAUUCUUAUGUUUACUUUUUAUUUGUUUACUUUUUUGUAUAAAAAAAUGAAAAAAUAAAC